AUGCAGGCAUUGGAAACCUUGGCAAAUCUGAUGGACAUGAGCCGACAAGUCAAUGCCAGAGAUGACGCCGGUCGAUCGGUCCUGUUUCACGCAGCUUGCGGAGGUAAUCCGGAAAUUGUCAGCAAGCUGGUGGAUAUGGGUGCCAUUCUAGACGUUGGUGAUGACUACGGCCGCAGCCCGCUGCACGCUGCUGUUAUGGCUGGUCGGACACAAGCUGUCAAAACUUUGCUUCUUUUGGGUGCAGCCGCAGACAACGUCACUCAGGUACUCGGGUUGACACCACUGCACUUUGCCUGUCUAUAUAGGUUUGCCGAUUGCGUGCUUGAGCUGCUCAAGAGCAGCACUUCAACACGAGCAGACAUGAACCGUUGGACGACAGGCGACUGGGCAUUUUGUCAGCCGGUACAUCUCGCUGUUGCGAACGGAAACCUGGAAGCUGUCUCUCGACUUCUUGAGGCAGGUUGCGAGACUGAAGGGCGAUGUGAUGGGUACCUCAGGCUUGAGAUCGUUGAGGAUGGCGAAGGGCCAGUUGGGAGGUUGUAUAAGUUGGAGACGCCGCAGACUCCGCUCGAACUCGCGCUUUAUCUAGGCCAGAACGAGAUAGGUGCAGAGCUGCAUCGUCUUAAGAGCAAAAACAAUGAGAGGUAG